GCCACAUACUCUCCAUUUUUACUUGCAAUUGCGAUUUACUAUAUCGCAAUUGCGUCUUAAUAACUUGCAAUUGCGACUUACUAUCUCGCAAUUGCGACUUACUAUCUCGCAAUUGCGACUUACUAUCUCGCAAUUGCGACUUACUAUCUCGCAAUUGCUACUUACUAUCUCGCAAUUGCGACUUAUAAACUCAUAAUAUUACAAUUGAUACCUACUGUCGAUUAGCUUGCCUUAAGCCUUAGUCUAUGUUGUACGUUUGUCGCGUAUUGCAUGCAUUGCAAAAAUGAGUGAAACGCAAUUGAUCACAUUUUAUUUUACUCUCGGGUUGUCCAACGAUGAAAUUUUAGCUUUCCUUAAAGUACAACAUAAUUGUAAUAUUAGCCUUCGGACUUUAAAAAGAAGAUUGAAAAAUUUAAAACUUUUUCGAAAGAAAGGAUAUUCUCCAAUAAACCAAGUGGCUACAUACUUAUUUAAGGACACAGGUAUCCAAAUCAGGGCAGCUUCAUGGAUAUCGUUGGAUGCACCUCAAAUGCAUUCAAGAAGGUUUUGUAGUUCGGCAGGAAACUAUUCGGCGACUUUUGAAAUCCAUUGAUCCCGUGGGUGUUGAAAUAAGAACAAGGAGAAGACUUCGAAGAAGACAAUACAAUAACAAAGGACCAAAUUACUUAUGGCAUGUAGACUCUUAUGACAAGUUAAAGCCGUUUGGUAUUGGAAUUAAUGGGUGUAUAGAUGGAUUUUCGCGCCAUAUUAUGUGGAUGAAGGCUGGGAGAACUAAUAACAAUCCCCGUGUUAUCGGUGGUUAUUUUGUUGACACUAUACAAAAGAUUGGAGGCAUACCAUUGACCAUCAGGGCCGAUAUGGGUACGGAAAACCGCCACAUCGAACAAAUGCAGGUAUUUUUUCGAAGAGAUACGGGUAUUAAUAUCCACAGACCAGCGUUUCUUUAUGGUAAAAGUACAGCCAAUCAAAAAAUUGAGUGCUGGUGGGGAAUAUUAAGAAAGCACAACGCGGAGUUUUGGAUGAAUUUAUUUAAAAAGAUUCAAGACGAUGGCUAUUUUAAUGGUUCUUACUUGGAAAAAGCACUAAUCCAAUUUUGCUUCCUUCGAAUAAUCCAGUCAGAGCUGAACAGCGUGGUUUUGGAAUGGAACUCGCAUAAUAUAUCUUCAUCGAAGAACAGCAUAUUGCCAAGAGGAAAACCAUUAAUUAUGUACCAUAUUCCUGAAAUAUAUCGAAGUAAUGAUUAUUUGAUCUCCGUUGAAUUUGACGACUUGGAAAUUGCUCGUGAAGAAUGCGUAUUUCUUGAUCAAGAAUGUCCCUGUGAUAAGAAUGUUUUUGAACUUUGUAAUAUUCUACUUAAUGAAGCUGCAGUAGAAAAUAUUCCAUCCGAUCCGUAUAAUGCGAUUGAUGUGUACUUAUACUUACGGAACAAACUAUCAUGUUUAUUAUAG